GGCGAUGUAACGAGACGCAUGAAGCUGCUAAAACAACAGUCGGAGGGCAAGAAGAAGAUGCGUCUGUUUGCCAACAUUCGCGUGCCGCACGAGACUUUCAUUGAUGUGCUGAAACGCUAAGGCGCCAACGAAAUUUAACAAAAUCUACAUGCUAUUAAAAGGGACAUAGAAAGACGUUGAGCGUUGUUGUCAGCAAUAUGAUGAACAGUUACAGUGUGGCAAGAUCGCAUUCGGCUGGUGCUGCUGGUGCUGCAACUGCAAUAACUUUGCAUUUUAACUACAGCAACAACAAUAACAGCAACAACAAGAGCAAUAACAACAACAACAGUGGCCUUAAACCCAUGGCAACAGCAACAAAUGAGCACAAAAGCCAUCAACAUAAAAAUAUUAUUAACAACAGUGCCACCCCAACAACAACAACAACAACAAUUGCAGCCGCAACAACAACUGCAACAACAACUGCAGCGAUGUUGCAAAUAACACAAAGUGAAGUUGAGUCCAAGCAUUUUCUAAUGACUUAUCCACAACAACAACAACAGCAUAAGGGUUGUUCAGUUAAUUGGAUGGUGCCUGGAAUUCCUUCAUAUGUAAAUACCUCAGUCAGCACCAAAGAACCGCAGUUUAUACAAGUCAACGUCCAGUCGAGCAACAACAGCAACAACAAGAACAAGCAACAGGUGCAAUCAACAACUGCAGCAGCAAUAACCAAAAGUGCCUUUAUUGAAGUGAUGACAAUGCCACAGCAACAACAACAACAACAACGCACUGAGGACCAAGAAAAUGCCUUUCGUCAGAUUGAAGAUGUGCACAAUUAUGCCAAGUUGCAACAUCAUCAUCAUCAUCAUCAGCAGCAGCAGCAGCAUCAUCAACAUAGUCAAGACAUCAGCAGCGAUGAAUUGGGUGAAGAGGAUGAAGAGGAAGACGACGAUGAAGAGGAGGAGGAGGAGGAGUUGGAAGAGGAAAAUGAGGAAGAGUUGGAGUUGGAUGUCAUAACAACAGCAAAAAAGCAAAAGAUUAAUGCAAAUGUGCCUAAAACUAUUAAUAUUAAUAUUAAUAAUAACAAUAAUAAUAACAUUAAUGACGACGAUUCGGAAGAACAUGUGGAAGUUGAUGUAGUCACUGUAACACCAACAACACCACAGCAGCAGCAGCAACAACAACAACAACAACAACACCUUUAUCAGUUACAGGAACAAUUGUCAGUGGCUGUGGAUCAGGAUAUGCGACCCGAACAUCAUGCACGUCGUCCCAUGAACGCAUUUCUCAUAUUCUGUAAACGCCAUCGUGCCAUUGUUAAAGAGCGCUACAAGUCGCUAGAGAAUCGCGCCAUUACCAAGAUACUCGGCGAUUGGUGGGCAGCCCUGGACGAUCAAGAGAAGCAAUGCUUCACCGAUCUGGCACAACAGAACAAGGAUGCCUUUUUCAAUGCCAAUCCCAAUUUUAAAUGGUACAAACUGCCCGCACCGCCGUUACGCACGCUUGCAACACGUCCCAGCAAUGCAAUUGCAAUUGCAACACAUGCAAACGAUGAGCAACAGCUGCAACAACAACAACAGCAGCAGCUGAUGCAACAGCAGCAACUACAGUGGGAGCCAAAUGAGGUGGCACACGUGCUGCGUCGCAAUUAUUUUAAAUUCGCUGAUGAGACACAAAUGGGAGAGUUGAGUGUUCUGCUGAGUGGCAAUGGGGCAAAUGUGCAGGAUAAGGAUUAUGCCCUGCAACAGGCGUUAAGCGAGACAACGCAAUUUCUAAGCGUGCAUAUGCCGAGCAAAGUCAAUAACAAUAACAACAACAGCAACGCUAACAACAACAACAACAAUAAUAAUAAUAAGCGAAGCUUGACAAAUGUUGACAGUGCCAGCAACUCGAGCGAGGAAGAGGAACGCGGUUCUCCAUUCAAGAAACUUAAAUCCUCACGCUCUUGCAAGGGUAAAAUCUAUCAGGAAUUGAUCAAUUCCGGGCAAUUGGCAGCGAUUGCCAAGAAGAGCAAAUGUCGCUUGAACAGCGACAGCAACACGCCACCAAUAUCACCAACAACAACAACAACAGCAGCAGCAGGAAUUGCAACUGCAACAGCAACAGAUUGCCAGCAACAGCUGCUUGAACUGGCGGCAACAACAGCACGUGCAACAGCAACCACAACCACAACGACAACAACAGUUAACAGACGCAACAAUUGUGAUUCAUCUGAAUUUGAUUUGGAGGAAAAGAUCAAGGAAUUGCCGGCACUCAGUUUGGAUGCGUACUUGCAACGCAAGCGCAGCACCAAAAAGAAGAAGAAAUUCACUAGCAGCAAGAAGCAACGCAACUCCAACAGCAGCAGCAGCAACAGUGCAACAACAGCAACAGCAACCGCAUCAGGCGAACAAUUGCAAAAGUCUAGGAAACAAACUAGAAACAAGUCCGAGUCUGAAGUGACAACAACAAGCACAGCAGCAACAGUUGCUGCCACAAGAGCAACAUCAGCAACAUCACCAACAACAGCGACAACGGCUGUGGGCAGUCAAAAGCGUAAGGCACGCAAGGAGAGCAUAACCCGGCGUGAUGUUAGCGCCAUUGAGCAGGAGGUGGCCUCCAUUUUACCGCUUACCAUCAACGGAUGUUAUUACUUUAAUCAAUCGUUGCCGUUGCCGUCGCCGUUGCAAUCAGCUGCCCGCUUGCAACCAACAACAACAACUACAGUUGCAACAACAACAGCAACAAUAAAUGCUGCCGCCACAUAUGAUGUGACCUCUACCUCAGAUCUACUCAUUCUGGCCGAAGUGGCCGCCAAUCGCACUGAGCUCACCAAGUCCAACUAGCAGCAGUUGCAACAACAGCAACCACAAAUUGUUGUUAGUUGUUAAGCUGUACUUAUAUACAUGUAUAUAUAUACCAUAUAUCGUUCAUUUACUUCAAAACUGUCAAAACUCAAAGAAACAAUUGGAAAUAUUCUAAAUAUAUUGUGAGAAUCGAAAGCUUUCUCCUUUAUAUCAAUUGAAUUGAAAACUUUAAACUAUUUUUUCUGCAAAAUUGUGUUUUUUUAAGCAAUGACAGUCUUAAAGUAAACGAGCGAUUUAUAUAUGUAUAUAUAGUCCAAUUGUUAUUGUUUUAUUUCCUUUGCUGAUGAUGAUGAUGAUAAGGAUGAUGAUGAUAUAUUCGUGCCUGUCACUGUAACUGUAGCUGUAAAUUGAUACAAUUUGCAAAUACACUGCGCGUAAAUAGACA